AUGAUUGAUUCGCUCUUCACAUUGGCAAGCGCAUCGGGAGAAGUUCCGACGGAAUAUCCCACGUGGGGGGAAGCAGCUUGGUUUCUUCUAGGGAUCAUUUUCUUUCUCCUGCUGAAUGCCUUUUUCGUGGCUUCGGAGUUCGCUAUUGUCAAAGUCCGCCCGAGCCAGAUCGAGGGCGAAUUGGAGAAGAAGCCUCGCCGUGCCGGGAUCUCCAAGCACGUGGUGAGUCACCUCGACGGUUACCUUUCCGCCAAUCAACUAGGAAUCACGAUCGCUUCCUUGGCGCUUGCGUUUCUAGGUGAACCUUUUAUCGAAAAGCUGGUUGGCCCGAGUCUUUCAAAGACCGGAAUGGGGAGGGAGUGGAUCAAAGUGAUCACUUUUCUGACCGCGAUGCUCUCGUUUACCUUCCUACAUGUUGUGAUCGGGGAGCUUUUGCCUAAAUCCAUCGCGAUUCGAAAAUCGCUGGGGACGACCCUUGUCAUUGCGAGGCCUUUACACCUUUUCUACACCCUUUCGAGGCCAUUUAUUUUCAUCCUGAAUGGGACCUCGAAUUGGCUCCUAAAAAGAGUUUUUAAAAUUGAUCCUGUUUCAGAAGGCGAAGCGGUGCAUAGCUCCGAGGAGCUUGCGCUGCUAGUAGAGGAGUCCGAGAGACAGCAGGAGGUGACUGAAACCGAGCGCGAGAUUCUUAUCAAUGCUUUGGAACUGAAUGACGUCUCGGUGAAGGAUGUCAUGACUCCGCGAAGCGAAGUCGUCGUGCUCGAUUUGGAUCUUGGUUUUCAGGAGAAUCUGGAGAUUGCAAUUGAAUCGAAGCACACGCGCUUUCCACUGGUGAAGGGUCACCUCGAUGAAACCGAAGGCCUGAUUCAUAUCAAAGACGUGGUGAGUUUAUUGAAAAACGAAGAACCGGAUUUGAUGGAAAUUCGUCGCGAGUUGAAGGUGGUGCCGUCUACCAUGAAGCUCGAUGAUUUGUUGCAAUUUUUCUUAAAGGAGCGCGCUCACUUUGCCUUGGUUGUCGAUGAGUUUGGUGAUGCCUCUGGUCUUGUCUUCAUGGAUAAUAUUAUGGCGGAAUUGGUCGGUGAUAUUCACGACGAAUUUGAUGAGGAUGAAGAGACUGACUUCCUUCGUAUUAACAAGAAAGAGUUUGUGGUCGAAGGUGGGCUGAGCUUGAAUGAGCUCUCUGAUCACGAACCGGCGAUUGAUCUGGAGAGCGGCGAAGUGAGUACAAUUGGUGGUUACAUUGUGCAGCAAUUGGGGCACUUGCCGGAUCCGGGUGAAACGGUGGAAGUGGAAGGAUUUGAGGCGAGCGUUACCAGCACCGACGGGCGCCGGAUUGAGCAACUACGUUUCGUAAAACUGCCUGAAGAGUUUGAGGAGUCAAAGGAAAUUGCGGAGCACUAA